AAACACACGCCGCCGAACCUCAGAAUUACUUACGCGAUGAUGCCACCGAACGCAAGCAAUCCCGCGGAGACAGCGAUGAUCGAACACGCAGAGUCGCCACACACCCUCAGCUUACUCAGAGAGGCCAGGUUUCACAGGCGUAGAGCAGCGCAGGCCGCACCGAAGCAUUGUAUACCCGACCUUUGACAGCCAGGCUACCGUCGCGACGGCGCCAGAGGUGGCUCAAGUUGAUGUAUGCCACCCUAGCCUUCAUUAUACGGUUGGAAAUCUCAUCCGUCACCCCUCCGCCAGCACUCACACAACUACCCAGGUACACAAACUUAUCAACAACUUCAAACGGUUCACCCGCAAGAGUGAGUGCAGGUACAGGCUCCUGCCAAUCUUGUAACAGUACUUUGCACUUAGACGGCGCAAAGCACAUACCAUACUUACAGACACUGAUGGCCAACUGAGUAAGUGCAAUUUGGGUAGCCUGCAUGCUAUCGCAAAUUGAAUAUAGACAUGAACAAACACCUUAUUGAUGAAACUACCUGACUCGAACUACGCAAGG